AUGGGUACAACUAAGAAAGAAUGGAAACAGAAAACAUCCUUAGGAAAGGGCAAAGGAAUGGUUAUUGAACCAGGGAAUAUGAAAAUCCAGGCUUCACCCAUUCUUAAGGCCUCUAUUAACAUUGAGACUUGUAAGAAGUUUGCUAGCCUUGUGGUUGAUCUUUCUGGGAUACAGGAGAACGUCAUGGAGAAAUCAGCUUCCCCGAUGAAAAGCCUCCUAAGUAGCAAAGUGAAGAACAUUGAUGGAAUUCCAAUUGGUACAACUAGAAAGAAGAAACAAAAACAAAAAUCUCCUAACCAAGGGAAAGUUGGGGUUUCUAAAGCCCAGGGUAAGAGUUUACCCAAACCCAAAUGA